AAAUGUUUAUCUUUUUUAAACUCAAAAAUUAACCUCUUCAUGCAUAUAGCCCCAAAUGAGGACAUUAGUUAACGUUAACGAUUUGAUAUAAAACCAAUAUAAAUUGUAUUAUCUUCCGUGGGUAUGUAAAUUGUGUUUAUACAUGUAGUCAUAAAUCGUUUCUAACAUCAAUUUAGUUGUUAUCAUUUUUGGCGGAAAAUGUACGUGUAUUAAAAAUAAAAUACAGUCUUUCCAUUCGACUGAAACCUGUCAUAUUAUUUUUUAGAAAAUCAACAUUUAAAAGUAAGUAACCAUAAUGAUAAUUUGUAUACACUUAGUUAAUAAUAUAAAUAAUAUAUUUUAGUCAUAAUAAUGUUAAAAUACGCUUUAUAUCAGUCUCAGGAUAGAAUAAAUGAAAUGUCCUCAUACGAGACAUCAGGCAUAAACGAGAAAUUAAAAUGUCCUCAUACGAGACACUAUGCCUAAUCAGAUACAGUUUUAUAAUAUGUUUUAAAACGGUACAUACUUGGUUUUAGAUUUUUCACCACCAAAAAUCAAAAAUAUGAGUAAGAUCAGGGAUAAAGAUAUUCAGUUUUUACUGGAUAUAGAAAUACCGAGUGAUUCAGAAGUAAGCUUUUGUGGAAGCGAUGAUGAUAUAGAGCUUGAAAAUGCAAUUAUAAUAGGGCCAAAGGAAGAAGAUCAAAUCCUCAAAGAAAUCAAAGAAAUGGAAGACUUUCAACGAAACUUGAUGACAGAAUUAGAGAAAGUAGAUGAAUGUAUUGCUAUAAAUGAUGAGGUAAUAGAUACAGACGAUUUAUUGAUAAAUCAGCCAAGUACCUUGUGGCAAAAUCAAGAUCAAUUUGAAAAAAAUGUUGUUAAAAUUACAAGGUAGUACACAAGGCGGAGUAA